GAAUAAUAAUAAGAAUUAAGAGUUCGAAGAUUAUUCUUCUGUCUUAAUAUUUUUGUAGCUACCACAAGACGAUCGACAUGACUCAAGAAGAGCAGAAGAAGGUAACGGAUGCCAAUACCACCACCUUGGACUUGGACCCUUCACCGCCGUCCACGGAGGAAAAAUCCGACGAUUCCAAAGCUCUUGUUCUCGUCGUCGCAGAAGAACUUGAGGAAGAGAAGAAAGAAGGUUCAGUUUACCGAGAUGCUGUUUUGACUAGACUCGAGACAGAAAAAAGGAUUUCUCUCAUCAAAGCUUGGGAAGAAGCUGAGAAAUCCAAAGUGGAGAACAAAGCUCAGAAGAAGCUCUCUUCAGUUGGAGCUUGGGAAAACAGCAAAAAAGCAUCUGUGGAAGCUGAGCUAAAAAAGAUUGAGGAGCAACUAAUCAAGAAAAAAGCUGAGUACACAGAGCAAAUGAAGAACAAAAUAGCACAAAUCCACAAAGAAGCAGAAGAGAAGAGAGCGAUGACCGAAGCUAAACGCGGGGAAGAUGUUCUCAAGGCCGAGGAGAUGGCUGCAAAGUACCGCGCCACAGGAACUGCACCAACAAAGCUAUUUGGAUGCUUCUGAUUUAUAAGGAGAAAUGAGUUUUGAUGUUGCUUCAAUUGUUUUCAUUUGUGGUUUAGGUGGUUAGUGUUGGUUUAAUUUGGCAACAUUUAGUAAGUUACAUGGCCAUAAUGUCACGUCUUGUUUAUUGGUGUUAUGUAUUUCAAAUUUUGCUCAUUUCAUCAUUUGUGUAAUAGUCUUUCCCUUGAAAGACUUUUUCUCCAAACCAAAUCUCGGUUGAGUUUUGU